UAUUUUCAACAAUCACAGUGCAUGUCUUCCCCCUUUUGCAAUUCUCCACCAAAAAUGUUAUGCUUAUAAGAAGCACAUUGGAUCUUUUUCAGGGGAAAAGGUAAUACGCCACGUUUAUUGAAGAUACAGUUAGCAUAUGCAUUCAAUCACACAUCACACACACACUGUCCUGCCAGUCGAUGUUAUAGUUACCAGUCCAGAGUCCAGAUCAAUCUAGUGGCCAGUUAGGUUGAUCAUGGGUAGGGAGGAGCCGGGUUCCAUUGGUCACGACACGAUGCUCCAGGGAAGUCUUGGCAGGACGAACUCAAAGUUUCAUGGCAAGGCACCCUGUUUAUCUAGUGAUUUUCCUUCAUUGGGACCAAUGAGUUCUGCACCGUCAUGCUCUAAUCAAUUGUUGUUUGAUGAGUGCUUGUUUUCUUAAAUUGUCCUUCUCAUCCUUUAUUUUGUUCUUUCAUCAAGUUCCUCAGGGAGUUAUCCCAUGCUGGUUUUGAUCACUGCUAUCUUGUCCCCAUUGAUAGGUGCCUGUCUCAUCUUUAGAGUCGUCAAUCUGCCCUCCUCUGACAUUUCAAUAGGGGCGUGUUGCAGCCUCCUGGCGCCCUUGCAUCUGUCUCCGGUUCCUCCCUAGACUAUCUGGUUCAGCGAUGGCCUUCAAACUUAUCUCUUAACACACACAUUCCUCAUUCACACACAAAACAGAAUUAAUUUAUACAGAACAUUUUGAACAGGAACAUCAAGUUGCAAUGCAAAAGAAAAACAGUCAUGGCAUUCUUUUACUUAUUUUAAAAUGCUAACAAAUAUAACAAAUUGGUGACCCUCAAAGGUCUGUCACUGCCUUGAAAUCAGCAUAGACACAGAUUCUGGCUGAUGUAUCUCUACCAAUGGCCCAUUAGGCUAUUCUUUCUGCUCUUCAAAAAGGGUGGCUGGCAGGAUAUAAUCAAAUCAUACACCAAUACAUUUAAUACAUGCUACAUUAUUAUUCUUUAUCCUUCAUUCUAAAUUAUAUAAAAUACAAACAUAAAAUCCUACUACUACAAAUGGUUCCAAAAGGUGACAGAGUUGUAGUAAUCUGGCAGCACUGAAUGUCUUCUAGGACUAAUCCAGAUUGACCCUGGGUUCUCUGUUUUUGUUUUCUAGUUCCUGCCCUUUGAGAGUUCAUACAGCAAAGAUGAAAAUUUUUCAUGUCAGCUAUCUUUAUUUCCUUCUUCCAGAAUUCAGGCUUGCACGACAAGUUUUCUUACACAUAGCUCCUUCAUGGUUGUGAGGGAGUUAUGAAGGGGGAUUUUCUUGUUUUUUUUUCAAUGGUUUGCAUGUGGGGGGGGGGUGGGACUCAGUUUCCCUGGGCGUUACUGGUUUAACGAGGUGAUGGGAGAGGGAGUUUGUUGUUACAGAGGACUGGGACAGAACUUGGGACCCGGCCAAUGGCCUGGAGAACGGAUUCCACAGCGACUGGUGACCAGCAGGCCCAGCUCGGAUGCCACAGCCGGUUCUGGCCAGUGAGGGGACAAUGGGCUGUGGAGAGAGGAGCUCGGUGACCUGACCAGCCAGUGCCAAAGGAACCGUUUAGCAGGGGUCACAGACAUAACAAGUAAGGUUUCAUGCAGCAACUUGCAAGCCUUUUAUAGAGCGUAACCACGUCUCUACGCAGGGAGCCCCCAGCUUGAACGAGGCUAUCAUACAGGUGAGCGGUCUGGUUUCCAGCAAUGUAUUUGUCAGGGCGGAGCUGACCCCUACACCCCGGGCAAGCACCUCGUCUACCAGCAUCGCAGCAGGGCCCCAGAGAUGGAGCUGCAGCCGGAGCCCGACUACGCCGCCGUUUUACAGCCCCGGGCGGCGGGCCCGGCCCAGCUGCAGGGGUUCCAGGGCAACCUAGACCCCGCCGCGCGGGCAGCUGCACCUGGGGCGCAGCCAGGGCCAGCGUGCGCCUAACCCGGGAAAGAGCAGCAGCGCCAGCAGCCCCGCGAUGUGCCCGGCCGGGCCCAGCCAGCCCCCGCUGGGGAAGCCGGAGACGCGCUCCCGGGCCGCGGCCGCGCGCAGAGCGGGCUCCCAACGCCGGAGCGCGCAUCGGCGGCAGGCUGGGGCCGGGGCGCCCGCUCGCUGCGGCCGAAGCGUGGGUCUGGCCGGCCCGGGGGCGCCGCGCGGGAAGCGAGGAUGGAGUCAGGAGACCAGGAGGUGAGCAGCAUGAAACUGCAGACAUUGCAGUUACUGCCCGAGGAGCAGAUAGUGACACUUCGUCAGCAGAUGGUGGAAAGCCAGGCAUCCUAUCAACGCAAGCUGCAGAGCUCCCAAGAGGCACAGCAUAGGCAGGCAGUGCUUGUGCAGAAGCUACAAGCAAAGGUGCUGCAGUACCGGAGUUGGUGUCGGGAGCUGCAACAGAGGCUGGAAACGGAAAGAGGGGGACCCCUUUCACACAGGUGGGAAGCCAAGGAGGAGCACAGCCUGGAGAGGGCACUGGUCCAGUUGGAGGAGGAGCAGCAGAGAUGUGAGAAUCUAGCUGAAGUGAACACCCUGCUCCGGGAGAACCUGGGCAAGGCAAAUGAGGUGAAUACAGCCCUUAGAGAGGAUGUGCGAAAACUGACAGUUGAUUGGACAAGAGCCCGAGACGAACUGGAGCUCAAGGAGACCGAAUGGCGCACUGAACGUGAGUUCUUUGACGGGUACUUGAGCUGUGAACAUAAUCGACUUCUCAGCCUAUGGCGGCAGGUGGUGACCUUCCGCCGUCACUUCCUGGAGAUGAAGACUGCAACUGACAGGGACUUGUCAGCACUGAAGGCAGACCAGAUAAGACUUUCUGGAUCAAUACUUGUCAGCUGCUUCCAUCUAAGUUCUGGUACACGGCACUGGGAGUCGAACACUUUGGAAAGAUCUGCCCCAAGGGAUCAGACACAGCAGCUUUGUGCCAGGGCUCAGGAGCUGGAGAAGGAAGUAUACCAGAAAACCCAAGAAGUGAUGUGCUUGCAGGUCAAAGGGAAUAUAGAGAAAGAGGAGCUUCAGGGCAGGGUGAUGGAGCUCUCAGCCUUGCUGGCGCAGUCCCAGAAGCAGAAUGAGGAGAAAGAAAUGACCGUGAAGACUCUUAGUGACACGAUGGAGAUUCUGGAGGCCAGUCGGGUGGCGGUAGAAUAUAACGCUUCACUGACCAAGAAUGCCAAAGAAGAGACCCUUUCCCUUCAUCAGGUGAUAAAAGACAUAACUCAGGCCGUGCUAGACGAUACUGACAACGCAGUCAACAUCUCAUGGGCUGAGAGCUCCCAGCAUCCUGAAUCCAGCGCCCUCUCCUCCCUGCUGAGUUCCAGUGACAUGGAAAGGGCCCUCGUUCUGGUGCACGAAGCAUUGUCAAGGAGGUGCCGGGCAGUACAGGCCCUAAGGGAGCAGCUUUCAGCCAGCCAGAACGCUGUCCAUUCUCUGCAACAUCAGCAAAGGCAGCAGGAAGAGGAAUGCAAGAUGCUGAGGCAGAGGCUCCAGCAGCUGGAAGAGAACUGCAAGACACUCACCAGCCAGACGCAGAACCUCCAGUCACUGGUGGAAACGCUCAGCAGUGACCGUGUGAACCUGGAGAAGGCCAGGGAAGAGCUGCAGCAACAGCUGGAGGUGUCUGAGCAGGAGGCCUGGCGCUUGCGCCGAAGCAACACUGAGCUACAACUGAAGGAAGAUUUGUCUCAAGGGGAGAAGGAGGAGCAGCAGCUGGAGAUGGAGAGGAUCCUUCGGGAGAGGGAGCGCCUUCAGAAGGCUUUAGCUGCACUCGAAGCAAAGCAUUCAUUGUUAAAGAGUGAGUUGGUUGCCAGGAGGGAGGCGCUGGAGAAAUCUCACCUUGAUGGGGAGUUGAUGAAGCAAGAGAAACAUGAGCUUGCCAUGGCACUGGAGAGGGCAGAACAGUCAGUUGCUGAGUUGACAGGUGUUCAGAAUAAACUGAAGGCAGAAACUGCUGAUCUGCAUGAUGUGGCUGAGAAGAUGAGUGGCAUUAAUGAGGCACUAGCUUUGGAUAAAAUGCAGUUGAAUCAGCUUGUCCUGCAGUUGGAGCAGGAGAAUCAGGCUUUGUCAAGCAAAGUGAAGGACGUUCAGAAAGCAACAACCUCUGUGCAGGAGGAGCUGAGCCUGUCAGAAAGAGCAAAUGAGGAGCUCUAUGCAGAGAAAACCCAUCUGGAGCAGUUGCUGCAGAAAGCUAAGGAGGUGCAGGAGGGACUGCAGGCAGAGUUGAGUGUGCUGAGAGAUGAGAGAAAAGAGACCCAUGAGGUGAUGAGUCAGAUGUGUCGCCAGGAGGAGUCAUCCAGCACUGACUUGGAGAAAACACGGCUGGAGUCAAGUCGCCGUGGAGAUGCACUGGCUAAAGUAUCCAGAGAAAAGGAAGCCCUGGUGCGUGAGAAGGCAGCACUGGAGGUGCGACUAGGGGCUGUGGAACGGGACAGACGGGGCCUUUCAGAGCAGCUGGCAGAGCUCAGAUCAGCAAAGGAAAUCUUAGAAUCCAGCCUGUUCGACGCUCAGCAGCAGGUGUCUCAGCUGGAGGUCACGAGGGGUCAGCUGGAAAUCAACGUUCAAACAGUCACCCAGGCCAAAGAGGUGAUACAAGGAGAAGUGAAGUGCCUUCGUUGUGAGCUGGAAACAGAGAGGUCCACAAUGGAGCAGGAGCGGGAGGAUAUGGCACAGCAGCUCUCACGGACAGAGCAGCAAUAUCAAGAUACCCUUAGCCUUCGGCAAGCUGCGUACGAGGAGGAAAUGAACAAGCUCCUGCAAGAGCUGAAAAGUGAGCAGGAAUGGCACCGCGCAGAGCUGAAAGAGGUGUCGGAGCUCUCAGCCCAAGAGAGAGCAGAGGCAGAAGGUGCUUAUGAGAAGAAGCUGUUGGAGCUGAGGCAGGAGGCUGCUACAAUGCAAUCUCAGAAAGAAGAGGAGCGAGCUAGGGCUGAAAAUGCCAGGCAAGAGGUGCUGCUAGAGAAAGAGAGGGAGAAGAAAUCUUUGCUGGAGGCACUGCUCCAAACACAGGAAGAAUUGACAGAUGCCUGUCAACAGCUGGAGCAGCUUCGCAAAGAGGUGAAGAAGCAUCAGAAGGAGCAGGACACCGUGGUGGGGCUGCAAGCUGAGCUCCAGGAAGCUCAGAAUCAGAUGGAGGCGGAGGAGAGCAGGCACCAGGAAGAGGUCAAAACCCUCAAACAGGAAAUAGAUGUUCUCCUUACUCAGCGAGACACCCUGCAAAACCAGGUGCAAGAGCUAGUGGUCACCAAGGAUUCCUGGCAACAGAUUGGCCUGGAGGCUCAGCGGCAAUUGAAUGAGGUGCAAAAAUUAUCCAAUCAGAAGAUACUGGAGGCUGCUCAUAUCCAGAAGAUGCUAGAGGGGGAGAGGAGCCGACGGGAGGAGGCGGAGCGUCACAACAUAGAGCUCCGGGCCACGCUUGGAGCCCUGGAGGGGGAAAGGAGCCGACGGGAGGAGGCGGAGCGUCAGAACACAGAGCUCCAGGCCACGCUCAGAGACCUGGAGGGGGAAAGGAGCCGACGGGAGGAGGCGGAGCGUCAGAACACAGAGCUCCGGGCCACGCUCGGAGUCCUGGAGGGGGAAAAGAGCCGAUGGGAGGAGGUGGAGCUCCAGAACACAGAACUCCAGGCCACGCUCGGAGUCCUGGAGGGGGAAAAGAGCCGAUGGGAGGAGGUGGAGCGUCAGAACACAGAACUCCAGGCCACGCUCAGAGCCCUCGAGGGGGAAAGGAGCCGACGGGAGGAGGCGGAGCGUCAGAACACAGAGCUCCGGGCCACGCUCAGAGACCUGGAGGGGGAAAGGAGCCGACGGGAGGAGGCGGAGCGUCAGAACACAGAGCUCCGGGCCACGCUCGGAGUCCUGGAGGGGGAAAAGAGCCGAUGGGAGGAGGUGGAGCUCCAGAACACAGAACUCCAGGCCACGCUCAGAGCUUUGGAGGGGGAAAGGAGCCGAUGGGAGGAGGCGGAGCGUCAGAACACAGAGCUCCGGGCCACGCUCAGAGCCCUCGAGGGGGAAAGGAGCCGACGGGAGGAAACGGAGCGUCAGAAUACAGAGCUCCAGGCCACGCUCAGAGAUCUGGAGGGGGAGAGGAGCCGACGGGAGGAAGCGGAGUGUCAGAACACAGAGCUCCGGGCCACGCUCAAAGCCCUGGACGGGGAGAGGAGCCAACGGGAGGAGGUGGAGCGUCAGAACACAGAGCUCCAGGCCACGCUCGGAGCCCUGGAGGGGGAAAAGAACCGAUGGGAGGAGGUGAAGCGUCAGAACACAGAGCUCUGGGCCAUGCUCAGAAACCUGGAGGGGGAGAGGAGCCGACGGGAGGAGACGGAGCGUCAGAACACAGAGCUCCAGGCCACGCUCGGAGUCCUGGAGGGGGAAAAGAGCCAAUGGGAGGAGGUGAAGCGUCAGAACACAGAGCUCCAGGCCACGCUCGGAGUCCUGGAGGGGGAAAAGAGCCAACGGGAGGAAGCAGAGCGUCAGAACACAGAGCUCCAGGCCACGCUCAGAGCCUUGGAGGGUGAAAAAGCCAGCCUGACUCUGGCCCUGGAGGGGAAGAAGCUGAGACUCAGGACCUUCCAGGAGAGAGACGAUGCCCAGCGGAGUGAGAUCAUCAGCUUGCAUUCAGCCAUUUGCCAAGCUCAGCAGCUCCAUUCUGACCACAGAGGAGAGAUACAGGAGCUCAACACCCAGGUCCACUCACUCAGGCAGGCAGUGCUAGAGAAAGAGGCUGGUUUAGUGGCCCAUGAGAAGCAGCUAUCACAGGAUCUGGAGGAGUCACGAGCGAGUGAGCGGCAUUUGAGGGAUUUGCUGCGGAUGCAAGAGGCAGAGGUGUCUCAGCUGCGCCUUAGCCUUUGUAGCACAGAGAGCCGGGCAGAGGCACUGGCUGUGGAGUGCCACCUCACCAGCAGUGCCCGCUGUGAAGCAGAGUCCCAGCUGGCCAGGCUGCACACCAUUCUGCAGCAUACACUGUGUGGCAGCACUCUGGCAAGUGGAGACCUUGUCACGUGGAGUCCAGAACAGGAUCAUGUUUGUGGGCUUACUGGGCCUCAACCUAAGGACCUCCCCAUAGAGCUCACAGCAGAGAAAGUGGCAACAGCCUUCCGGGACCUGCACCAGGACCUGAGGCAGACUCUGCAAGAUCGGGAUGAUGCCAGGAACAAGGCUCAGAAGCUGGAGCAGGAGCUGAGCAAGAAGGAGGCCGAGAGGGACUGUCUCAGAGCUCACACCCAAGAGCUGCAGAAGUGGUUGGCCCAAAGCCAGGAAGAGAUGCGGAUGGUAGAAGGGAAGCAGGGCUCACUCCAGGCCACACUGCAAGAAGAGGUCAUUGCCCUAAAGAAGGAGGUUGUGACGUUGCAUGGGGAGGUUGCAUCCUUGGAGAGGAGCCUUGAGGGCACCGAGAAGCAAAGAAGGGAUGUUGUGCAUGAACGGGACAAGCUGCAAGCAGCUAAGGAGAAACUGGUAUGGGAGAUGGACCUUCUCCGGGAAUCAGUCUCUACCGCUGAGACUCGGGCAAACAUAGCAGCAAAGAUGAGCCGCUCCCUAGAACAAGAGCUUCAAACAACCCUCUCUGCCCUGAAAAUGAAAAGUGAGGAAGCAGAGACUCAGCAGGAGGGAAUCCAGACAUUGCAGAAGGAGGCUGCCUUGGGGAAGGCUUUGCAGGAAAAUCUGGGUCACCUGACUCUUGCCUUAAGCCAGAGAGAUGGAGAAAUGAAAACACUGCAAGAACAGAUUAGAGAGCUGGAGCAGCAGAGAGAAAUGCAAAGAACAGCUCUAGAUCACCUUACUAAAGACCUAGAGGAGAAGGACAGAGAGGUGGAAUCCCAACAAGAACAGAUUCAGGAACUAGAGAAUCAGAGGGAAAUGCAGAAGACUGCUCUAGAACGACUGACUUUAAACCUAGAGGAGAAAGUAAAGGAAAUUAAAUUCCAGGAAGAGAAAAUCCAGACUCUGGAAGAACAUGGAAGAUCACAAAUGAAAGCACUGCUGGAGGAUCUAGAUCUGAUCAAAGCAGACUUGAGAGGAAAAGAUUGUGAGCUUAUGUCUCAGAGAAAGGUAGCUGAAGAAUUGAAAGAGGAGGAGAAAAAGCAGGUGAAGGUUCUGCGCACAAGCCUAGAACACAUGAAAGCAAUUCUUGGGGACAAAGAGAGUGAGAUCGAAUCACAGCGGGAGCAGAUAAGGAUUUUCCAGCAGUAUGAGGAUCAGCAGGAGGGAGAGCUACAGGACCUGCGGGAGAAAGUAAAACAGAUGACCCUCACUCUGACUCAGAGAGAUCAAGAGCUUGAAUCACAGCAAAAGCAAAUUCAGAACAUUAAGGAAGAGAUGGAAAUGAAACUAAAGCCUCUCUGUGAACAUCUGGAGCAAACACAAGCAGCCUUAAAAGACAAAGACAGAGAGCUCGAAUUCCAAAUGCAGCAAAUACAGAAACAUGAGGAAGAAGCAGAAGGGCAGAUGAAGGUUUUACAGAGAGAUUUAGAAUAUGCCAAGGCAGCACUAAAGGAGAGAGAUGGAAUGAUUAAGUCUCAGAAAGAGCAGAUCUGGACACUCCAAAAACAAGAAAGAGAAGCUGAGCAACAGGUGAAAACUCUUGACAAUCUUGAAGCAAUAUUAAGGGAGCGAGAGCAGGAAAUUGAAUCCCUGCAAAAGCAAUAUGAGGAGCACAAGACAGAGGAGGAGAAGCAGGCAAGAGCCAUGCAAGCAAAUCUUCAACAAACACAGGUGACUCUGAGGGAGAGAGAGAGGGAAAUAGAGGCCCUUGAGGAAGGAAUCCAUAAGCUUCAGCAGCACGAGGAAGAUGCAGUGACACAGACUAAGGCUGUCUUGAAGACACUUGAAUAUACCAAAUCAUCUCUACAAGCCAGAGACCAGGAGAUAGAGUCUUUGCAAGGGCAUGUCAAGGAGCUCUUAGGGCAGAAAGAGCUAGAAGAAAAGUGUGUCAGGAGCUUACAGCAGGAUCUAGACAGAAUGAGCCAAAUAGUGAAGGAGAAGGAUGUAGAACUCCUCAAGCAGGCAGAGCAAAUUAGCAUAUACCAGUUUCAAGAAGAAAGCAUGCAGGUGGCACUAAAGUCCUGCCAGAACAAAGCAAGUUGUCUAGAGGAAGUUGUAAGAGAGCGAGAGUGGGAGAAUGAGGCUCUCAUUCAACAGCUCCAGCACCAAGAGGAAGAGCAGGAGACCCUGCACCAUCUCCAGCUUAUGCAGUCUGAGAAGGAGGAGAGACAUCACAGAGAGAGAGAGCAGCUUCUAGAAGAAGCCCUGAACAAGAGGGAACAGGAGAUCAAGGCCCAAGGUAAGCAAAAACAACUGGAAGAGGAGGAGGUGAAGGGUCUUCAAGAAAAUCUCCAGCAUCUCCAGCAGACACUGGCCAAAAAGGAUGAGGAAAUCAAACACCAGAGAGAGAGAGUCAGGUGCCUGGAGGAGACUCUGAGAGGGAGAGAGCAGGAGCUGAGGACACAGGGCGAACUCCUGAAGCAGCUCACCUCAGCUCUGCAAAGGAGAGCUGGUGAAGGGGAGACCCUAAAGAGCCAAAUCCAGAAACUCCUGAUAUGGGAGACAGAGGAGGCAGCCCAGAGGAAGGUUCUCCAGGAGAGAGACCAGCAGUUGGAAAGGCAGAAGGUGUGGAUCCAACAGCUGGAAGAGGAGAAGAAAGUGAAGGAUCAGGAACUGGAGCAUAUGGUGGCUGUUCUGAAGCAGACUGAGAGUGUGGAGAUAGAAUGGAGGGAGAAAGCACAGGCCUUGGCUUUGUCCCUGGCCCAGAGGGAAGCAGCCAGUAGGACCCUGAGGGAGGAAAUGGCUGUCCUACAGAGCAUGGUAUCAGAGCGGGAUAAGGAUCGGCUUCAUCUUCAGGAGCAGCUUGCUUCAGCUCUCAGAGACCUAGAGGAGAGGGUUCCAAACAAGGCUCUGAAUGGAGAUGUGGAUCUGCUGCUUAGAGAGGAGAGAGCAGGGAAACGGCAGGCCAUGGGAGAGGAUGAGGAGCAGGUGGCAGCAGGGGUAGAGAGGAGACUCCUGCAGCAGCGGCUGGAACGUCUGCAGCGAGCUGUCGCAAGGCUGGAACACGACAAAACUGAGCUGGAGCAGCUCAACACCCAACUCAGGAGGACUCUAGAGCAGGUGGAGCGUGAGCGGAAGAGGCUGAAGAGGGACCGUGCUGGCUUCUCACUGCCAGAUGCCUGUGGACUUUCCGUGUCUGACUCUGGGCAGAAUAAGGUACCGACUUCAGGACAGGAGGAGGCCCGGACUCUCUGUAGGCAACUCGCCGAAUUGCAGAAGCAGGUGUCUCUUCUGCAAACACAGCUGGUGCUGGAGCGGAAGCACAAGCAGGACUACAUCAAGUGCUGUGCAAAGACCAGCCAGGAGCUGUCGGGCCUACACCAGGAGCUCUCUCACUCCUUAGCAGCUGUGGCCAGGGAGCCCAAGGCUGCUGUUCUAGAAGCAGAAACGCGGAAGCUGGAUGAAUCCCUGAACCACAGCUUGGCCUUGGUGGCUCUAGAGUGGGAUGGCCAAUCUCCUGAGAAACACCCUCUGAGUUCCACUCCCAGAGCAGCCCAGCGGAAUGAGUUGAGGUAGCAGGAUCAGCGUUCAGCAAAUGGGUCACAGCCAGAGCAAGGUCCAACCCUAUGUGUGGUUUGGCAAUGCCAUUUUCAAAGGUACCAUGGACAAUAGACUCUUGCCCACCUUGCAGAAGAGUCAUACGUGGUAGUGGAAAAGGUGAUGAUUGUCCCUUCAAGAGCCAUCCCUUCCAUUUUCAUGGGCCAGACCUCCUCAGGGUCCACCCUGUCUGCUAACGUGGCCGUGACUUCUUGUAGCCCCAUCCGAAUACCAAUCCUCAGGAACAUUGAACCACAUGGUUGGUUGUUGCACAUGGGAGGAUGGAACCAAUAAGAACAUGGGUAUUCCCCCUUCUUCACAGCCUGUGUAUCCUGGGGAAUGUCCCUAGAGUGUGCAGAGACCUGCUGCAGGGAGUGAAUUCAGGGGUGUGGGGUUGUGUCAAAGUUGAGACCUGGGGCAGGGUGGGCAAUAGUGCUCAUUAUGGAAACACCAUAGGCAGCAGUGUUCACCAUGGAAACUUUCCAGCAGGACUGUGGUAGGGGAUCAGAGGCUGGAGCUGGCCUUGGCAGGGCUCAGAGAUUUGAGGUGAGCUGGAUAAAGGCUCUCGGGUUGACUGGCAGCAGCAGAUUGGUGGAAUUGUCCUUUUCUGAAGCAUGAUUGCUGCCUGCCCCAGGAAUGUUGCUGUUACAAGGUGCCCCCAGAGAUUGCCCUCCUGCUGCUGGGAGAGCUGCUUCCAAAUGACUUUGUACGGUUUCCCUUUUAGUGAGAGCUCCAGCGGGAUCUGUAUUUCAGCUUUUACAAUAAAGUUAUUCCCUAUGAAAGAGGGUUAUUUUCCCUUGUUUCGUCUUUUCCCUCUAUCAAAAACCUCCUUCCAUGUGGCUCCAGUUCUAAAAAUAUCCUUGGGGCUUUCUCUUCCUGACCUGCACUUCAGUGCCAAGAGAUGGGCGCUGUCCUGCAAUGGACCUCUUCCUUGUGCAGUUUGCUUUGUGCCUGGCUGAGCUGUGAGGAAGCUGGGCAGAAGGGGACAGCCCCUGGAAACCUCUUCCCCCGCACAUUCCCUGCCCUGCUCCCCACUGCAAGCCAGCUGUUUGGUGCCUGUGCUGCAGGAGGGAAUACCACAAACUCAGCAUGGGAAAAGGCAGCUAAGGCACCUCUGGAAAAUAAUCCAAAACACAGAGCUUCAAAAGCAAGUAGAGAGCUGGGGUGGAAAUGGCAGAUAGCGGCUGGAAACUGCACAGACUCACUGGUGCAGUUUGUAGAAGCCCUGAGGAGCAGUGGCAGCAAGGUCUGGGCUCCACCUGAGAGUUACACCAGUAUAACUAUUGGCUGGGAGAUGAUUUUUACGAAGAUAGGUAUCCUGAUGCAAGCCCUAGUGUGGGUAUAAUUAUAUUGACACAGCUGUUGCCCUUCCUGUAUGGGAACAGCUAUACAGCACCUUUAUGCCAAUAUAACUGAGUGCACACACGGGGAGUGGCGUCCCUUGGUACCUAGUUACAGUGGUACAACACUCCCAUGUAGCCAGGCCCUGGGGAAGACAGCUCAGCCCUGGAAUCCUGUUCUGUUUGGAAGGUUUUUCAUAACCCCUGGAGCGACAAGCUUACUCUUUAAAUGAACGCUUAGAUUUGGUCAAAGAUGAUGGCUGUUGCCCUGUGGGAGAGUAGCGAGUUGGUGCAUUUUCUUAAAGUGUUUGCAUAGACUUGCAUUUAACAUUUAUUUUGGUUUAAUUUUAUACACUUUUCUUUUAUGUGCUUGGGAAGUAGUGGUUGUUAAAGCUUGCACUUCUAAACAGUUAAAAAUGGAAUUGGUAUCACAAGCAAAUUAACUCUAAAAAACUUGGUAAAAAUUCUGUUAACAACUCUUUUGCUAAAACAGAGUGCCCAGCAAGGGAAAGCAAUUCACCUUCUCACAGAAGAUUAUGAGUAUCUAUUCCAGCAGGUAAGUAUUACAUUUAGUAUAAAAUAUUAGUAAUGCAGCUCAGGUAAAAAUGAAUGUCUACACAACAAUAGCAAAAUUAUAGCUUGUGUUAUAAAAGACUUGGUCCCUAUUACAUUGUAAACACUCUUCAUUAAUCUGUGUAUGAAAUUUGAGUUACUAGAAACAAAAAAAAACGUAAAACAAAAAAAUGUAUGAUGUUAACUAACUUAAGCUGCUUACGGUUGCAUCCCACAGACCAAAGACGCCAGAAAAUGUCACAGCACAAAGACACCAGAAGAUCUCAGUAUACGGUGAAGGAAGGAAUCCCCAAGCAUCAAGAAAAGAAAAAUGAAGUGCUGUAUAAAUAAAAAGCUGGUCAAAUACACCUCAAUCUACCAUAUAUGGACAUUAAGUUGGCAAUCAGCUAGAAAUCCCUUUCAGUUCAUUUAAACUUGGCUACCCUGUAAAAGCAACGGUAGUCCUGCUGUAUUGUGUUAGUGCUGUACAUCGUUUACAACGUGCAGACCAUGGCUAAACUGUGUAACACACAGGUAAAAAUCAACAAACGAAUGGCAGCAAACAACAUGAAGGCAAAGAAAAAACAAAUUGAUAAAGAAAUUAAGUUACACAGUAACUACAAAUUGGGUGACCAAAUUCCCUGGUAGUACCAGGGACACUUUGGGGUCCGUGACACUGCAUCCUAAGUAAGGCCCAUUUUAUUCAGAACAAUCUUGUUCAGUGUCUGGGUACCAAUACUAACUGCUGACACAGCAGCAUUUAAUAAAUUGGUUACUGUCCAUUCAGUAGAUUACCUGAAAGACAGCAUCCAUAAGAAACAACUAACUCCAUGUCAGCUACUGGUGUAUCACAGAGCAAUGCAACCAAUAAAACA